AUGAGCACCACUACUCGCUCUAAAAAGAAAGCUUCUAAAGCUGGAGUGCGGGCAACUAUACCCCCUCCCGUACCUGCUCCCCUUCGAUCAUAUCUUGCAGCUCAAAAAACUGUGCCAGGGGGUUCUUCGCCAGCUGUAGGGCUGCCGAUGUCAAGAACCGGCCAAAAUACCCCACCAAAGCUCCCUACCCCUCCAAAGCCAAGAAACAAAGCACCGUUUAUACUGGCAGGGAUAGCAGCCUACACACUGACUGCCUACGGAACCUACGUUUAUUUUUCGCUCAAGAACGUUCCUGAGUACGUUCCACAGGAGCACGAUCAAACUGAUAAGUCACAUGUCUUUGAGGGCAUUGCUAAGGAUUAUGAUCGCGAAAUAUGGACGAGCGAGUUUUUCAUGGGCAUGCCAUUGCUGAGGAGGGCUUUGGGCAAGAGGGCUCAGGGCGAUGUUCUGGAGGUCUCGGCGGGGACCGGAAGGAAUAUUGAUUAUUAUCCGGUAAAAAAAUGCAGUUCGGUCACUAUGGUGGAUACCAGUGCGAGUAUGCUUAAUGAGGCAAGGAAAAAAUUCCACAAGAAGUAUCCCAAGUAUAAGAAAGCUUCAUUUAUCGUCCAGGAUGCUGCUGAGCCCAUCCCUCCGCCCCCGACAGGAAAGGGCUAUGACACAGUCAUUCAAUCAAUGGGCUUGUGUUCCCAUCAUUCCCCGGUGGACCUAUUAAGAAAUCUUGGGAAGAUAUGCAAAGACGACGGUAGAAUUAUAUUGUUGGAGCAUGGAAGAUCACACUACGACUUGCUCAACAAUGUCCUUGACUCUUUGGCCCCCAAACAUGCCGAAACAUGGGGGUGCUGGUGGAAUAGAGACGUUGAAGGUAUAUUAAAGGAAAGUGGCCUAGUGAUUGAUAAGGUUUCAAGGUAUCACUUUGGGACAACGUACUGGAUUGAGGCAAGGCCAGCUAAACCGUCGCCCCCGUAA